GCAACUCAUUCACAAACCGGCUCCUCCCUUUUCAAAAUUAACGGUCCUUUCCUCAAUAUCACAAAACCACAGGGACCUCGAAUCUCAAAAUAACGACCUUCAUUCUUCAUUCGUCUCUCCACAGAAGAAGAAGCGAACAUUGUUGGUUGUUACUUCAACAACUAUCUCAGAUUCUCAGAGAGAGAUCACGAUGAUGAUGAUGAUGAUGAUGAUGGAGAGAGAGAAGGAGAGGGAGAUGGAGCUCGAAAACGCAAUGUACUCUAACUGUUUGCUGCUAGGUUUGGAUCCAUCGAUUAUCGGAGGAGCGAGAGGAUCCAAUUCCAAUGGCGCCACUUCUCGGGUCGGACUCUUCCGUCAUUCGAACCCUAAAUUAGGAGAACAACUCCUCUACUUCAUCCUCUCCUCCCUCAGAGGUCCAAUUCAAUCCGCCAAAGAUUUUGGUAAGGUUUGGCCAAUUUUCGAUUCCGCGCGGUCUCGUGAUUUUCGCAAGGUUGUGCAAGGGAUCAUUAGUGAGCUCGAGUCGCAGGGUGCGCUUCCCAGGAGCAAUUCGAGAGUUUCUUCACUUGCUACAUGUUGUGGGCCUAGGUUUGUUGAACUUCUGUGGCAGCUUUCUAUGCAUGCUUUGCAAGAGGUUCAUAGGAGGACGUUUACUGAUGACACAACUUCUAACCCAUUUCCUGCAUCAUUGGCUGGUGUAGCAUUCACACAUGCUACUACUCUCCUUCAAGUUACAAAGGCUAAAAUAGCCCUUGAAAGAAGGAAGUUUCUUAAAUAUGCACAAAUGUCUGAACAAUGGCAAGAUACAAGUUUGAAUUUGGCUCGUGAAUUGACUGCUGAAUUUCGUGGCUUAUGUGCUGAGGAGGCUUAUUUGCAACAAGAGCUAGAUAAAACACUACAUGACUUGAGGAAUAAAGUAAAGUUGGAAGGUGAACUCUGGGAUGACCUCGUGUCGAGCUCAACCCAUAACUCCCAUUUGGUUUCAAAAGCUACUCGCCUAUGGGAGUCUUUAUUAGCUCGUAAAAGUCAACAUGAAGUUCUUUCGUCGGGCCCUAUUGAGGACUUGAUAGCUCACCGGGAACAUAGGUAUAGAAUCUCUGGAUCAUCUUUGCUGGCAGCAAUGGACCAGAGUUCUCAGGCUCCAUAUUCGGAUGAAUUACUUGGCCAACCUGGAAAUUUUCCGGUUGUGGAUGCAGAUAACAACAAGGAGAAUGAAGGAUUGCAUCUUACGAAUGAGACAUUGACAAGAUUAGAUGGUAGAACUGGAGGAGUCUAUCAAACUGUUGAUGUAGCAGAGGUCAUACGGGGAUGGACUCAUGCUUUGCAACGUAUCAGUAAACAAUCACUUCAUCUGGCGAAAGCAAAUGAUGGAGAGGGUCCAGAUAUACUGCGAAGUGCUCAAGAAGGUGGCUCAAGUAGUCAUGCUGAGUCUUUAUCAGCAACCCUUGCAGAGCAUCAGCAGCACUUGGUUAGCUUUCAGGUGCUUAUUAACCAACUCAAGGAAAUUGCUCCAACAUUGCAAAAGUCCAUAUCAGAGUGUUCGGAAAAGGUGAUCUACAUAGCUUCCAAUCUUCCACCAAUGAACAAACAUCAUGGUCAGCUGACGUCACCUAUACAAGGACAGAGUAGUGGGAGAAUGGAUGGUAGCGCUGGUGAUGUUGGUCAGGUGACUUUAAGAAUAUCAAAUGAUCGAUUUGACAAGGUUUCUGUCACUCCUCCCACUUUAAAGCUUCCUCAAUUAUUUAGCUCGACCCCAACUUCUUCUGGAAAAGCUGGUAAUGUGCAAAGGUGGCAUGACACAGCUCCCCAAGCCAGCCAAACUGAGAAUCUUUCUGAUAGAAUAGAUUUGGAUUCUCCUUCAAUUAACCAAGUAGAGAGUUUAGCAGAAGGUAACGAUAGUUUCUAUGUCCAGGACUUGAAGAGGUCAGUAAGAGAAGCAGCAUUGUCAUCGAUGUGUUACAAUUCAAAAUUGUCACAUGACAGUCAUUCUGAUGGAAGUUCUGAGCACUUCUUUGCCACUAUUCCAGAUACUGGGUUUUCUCAUUUAGAUGCAGAAACAAGGGUCUCGUCGUUGAUGAGUAAACGUUUAUUUGUAUCUCAGAUGGAUGAUUCUUUGCUAGAAGAGAGCCACACAUGUGAUGGACAUGGGGAGAUCAAGUUUGAUGAAUUUCCAAAUAUGUUGAAUGGUCCAGAAAGUGUUUCUGAUUAUGACCAUGUAGAUGGAUUUCUCUCAUCUUCAGGUUCAAAUGCAACUUCUGAUGCACAACAAUCAAGUCUUGAAUUUGAUGAUGCUCAGGAUCAAGUCUUUUCACCACCUCUGCUAAUCGACACAUCACUUUCAGUAGAAUCAUUUGAAGACUUGCUGGCUCCUCUCUCUGAGACUGAAACGGCCUUGAUGGAGCACUGAAAUUUUUAAUGGGAAGCAACCUCUCGUACAUGAUCGAGGAAAUGGCAUGAUUUCUGUGGUGGGAGUUAUGCAUUCGAGCCCCUUCACGACUCACAACACAGAUGCUUGUAUGAUUUCUGUUAUCCUUGUCUAGCAUGUUUUUAUCAUUGUUUUCUCUUCUGAUGCCCCUAUUCUGCUCAGAGAGAGCAUCACUGAAUCACGUUGAUUUAAUUAGAGAGGAAGAUGCUGAAAAGGUGAAGUGCAAGCUGGUUUUUAGAGAUUGAAGUCUUCAACUAAAUAAUUGCAGUGUAGACUUGAAUUUGCUUUCACGUUUUAAUUAUCUUUAGAGGAAACUGCAACCAAGUUGGGGGGGGGGGGGGGGGGGCAUUGUAAAUUUUUGUGUGGAUAUGAUAAAUGGAAUUCUGAGUUUUCUGCUACAAAUCUGUCUGGCAACUAGGAUAAAUUCCUUGGAAAACAAUACAUGUAUUUUACAGUUGUGUACUUGUGUACGAUAUAAUUUGGGUCUUGUACCUAGAUAAAUAUACCAUCAGCAAUGAAAUAGUUCGUCUUUUUCA